AGCACUAAAGCAAAAGAAUAAAAAAAAGACUUCCUCUAUACAUUUAGCAUACAUGGAAUCUGCAGCAGCUAUUGCAAAUGGUCGAUGGAGUUCACUUGGUGCAAUGUACUCCUCCGAUGAGGAGGCGGAGUUCAUGUCCCAGUUGAUCGGUAACUGUUCUGUCACAAAUGAGAUGAAUGAGGCUUCAAGCUCAGCAAUCCCAUUUGCAAUUUGUCCUAGCUAUGAUUUUUCAACAUCUAACAUGGAAGGCAUUUAUCAAGGUUCACAAUAUUCUUCAGAAAUGGCUAAUCUUUACCUUUCAAAUGGGAGUAGUACUUAUAUUAUGAACAAUGAUGAAACAAACGACUGCAUUGGUAAUCCUAACCGUAUUGUGGAAACAAGUUACCACAACUCCGAAGCAUUUCGUCCAUGGGACGACAAUGCUACCAACUUGUUUCCCACUCAAGGCGAAGAAUAUGGCAUGGAUCAUCACCAAGAACUGAGCAAUGUCAAUAUUGAAAACCAGCCGGGAGCUGCUAUUUAUGAAAAGCUUCUGCAGCUUAAUAGGGAGUCUGAUCAUGAGAUGGCAAUACGGGAACCUGCAAUGGAAAAUGAAGUUAUGGUUUCCGAAAAUUCUAAGAAAAGGCCUUGCAGUUCAGUAGAUGUGCUAAAGAAUCAGAGGAAUGUGAAGGCGAAGAAGGGCCAAAAGGCGGUCUCAAGCGGAGACAUUGAAGAUAAUGAUGCAAGCACCAAAGGGCGGAGCUCAAGCAGUUGCUGCUCAGGGGACGAUGACUCCAUUAAUGGUUCUCAUCACGAUCUGAGUAGAGGCGUGAGUACUUCAAUCUUGAGUCCAAAAGGGACAAAAGCCAGUAGGGGAUCGGCAACUGAUUCCCAAAGCAUAUAUGCGAAGAAAAGAAGAGAAAAAAUAAACGCGAGGCUAAGAAUUUUGCAGAACCUUGUACCAAAUGGAACAAAGGUUGAUCUCAGCACAAUGCUUGAGGAGGCUAUCCAGUAUGUGAAGUUCUUACAGCUUCAGAUAAAGCUCCUAAGCUCGGAUGAUAUGUGGAUGUUUGCUCCUAUCGCGUACAAUGGAAUGAACAUUGGGAUCGACUUAAAUUCUUGAUGAAACUCAUAGGAUGUAGUAGGACGUCGAUCUGCUAUUUUGAUAGAACAGACUACAAAGUCUUUUGGCCAUGGAAAUAAGGGCACAAAAAAAGUAAUAAAUAAACUAGCAUCUGCCAAUAAUAUUUGAUUUCAGCAUUACAAAGGGCCCUUGUUGAAUACCUAGAUUGCAGAUGAAUAUGCGAAUUAUACAACUCAUAUUGGUGACGAUGGAUGUAGUCUGUAAG